UUCUUUCGCCGAACCCUAGCCGUCAGCGAACAGGCUACAAUCCACUAUCCAGUACAGUAGUCCGAUAGAGGUUACUUCGAACAGAUCGCUGUACAAUCGCUGAAUACCUGAUUGAUAUUUGAUCAACAUUAGAUACGAUAUUUUGCCUAGUUACUUUUUCAAAUUCAAUUAAAUAAAAUCAUGACUAACAAAGAAGAGCAAACCUCAGAAGUGUCUUGUGAAAUGACACAAGAGCCAUCAACAAAAGUGACUUCUGAAACCAAAGAAGAGCCAUCAAAAGAAGUUACUUCUGAGACCAAAGAAGAACAAUCAUCAGAAAAGCCAUCUGAAACUAUGACUAUCCAAAAAGAAGAGCCAACACCAGAACUACUUUCUAAAAUUAGGAAGCAAGUUGAGUUCUAUUUUGGAGAUGUGAAUAUGCAAAGAGACAAAUUUCUCAUUGAACAAACAGGCCUUGAUGAAGGAUGGGUUCCAAUGACUGUCAUGUUGAAUUUUAAAAUUUUAGCUUCACUCAGUAAAGAUGUUGAAAUCAUUUUAAAAGCUUUAGAAGAUAGUGAAUUAAUAGAAAUAUCCGAGGAUAAGAAAAAAAUCAGGCGAUCACUUGAUAAGCCAUUACCCACCUAUGAUGACGAAUACAAAAAAAAUCAAGAGAAACGUACUAUAUACUUGAAAGGAUUCCCAUUAGAUUCAACUAUUGACGCUUUGAAAGCUUAUUUUGAAUCCGAGGAGAGCAUUGAAAGCAUUGUCAUGAGAAAGUAUAAGAAAGACAAGAAUUUCUUCUUCAAAGGUUCCAUUUUCAUGCAGUUCAAGACUUAUGAAGAUGCCAAAAAAUUCUUUGACCAGGAAUCAAUCAAGUUUAAUGAUACUCAACUUGUGAAAAUGUGGCUGGUUGAUUAUGUUAAAAUGAAGGAAACUGAAAAAUCUGAGAGGCAAUCCAAGAAAAACAAAAAUCAGAAAAAUAAAAAACAAGAUUCAGAGGAACAAGAUGGAAAUGAAAAUAAAUUUAAAAUUCCCACUGGUAGUAUACUAAAAAUUACAGAUAUCAAAGAAGAUAUUACUAGAGAAAAUAUGAAAGAAAAGCUAGCAGAAAUGAAUUUAGAGGUUGCUUACAUUGAUUAUAAAACUGGAGAUGGUCUUGGAUACCUUCGUUUAGUAGGAGAAAAUUCAGCAAAAGAAUUGAUGGAUAAGUUAACUGAUGGUCAAUGGGAAGUAAAGGAUUGCACAAUUAAAUGUGAACCUGUAGUUGGAGAAGAAGAAACACAGUAUCUUAAAAAAAUAGAGGAAGGACAAUUAUCUCAUAGAAACCGUCGUCACUUCAAUAGAAAUGGAUCCAAAGGUUUUAAUGGCAAAAGAGGUUUCAAGAGGAAUCGUAGUCCUUUCAAAAAUGAUGCUAAAAAGCAGCGAUUAGAUAAUUAGUUUACUUUUAUUUUUAUAAAUCAUUCAAAUAAUGUAUCAAUAAUUGUUACGAAUUUUAAUAAGACUUGGUAAUUUUUUUAUAAUACAUUGAUAUUGUAAAUCUUAAAUAAAAAUAUUUCGUUUUUAUAAA